CCUAUGAAUACUACCCUCCAGCGACAGGCCCGUUUUAUAUCACCGCCGCUGACGAUAACCGUCCUUCUGGUACUAGAUAGAGUAAUAUGCAUAUGCAUGUAUGUCUGUGCUGAACGGAGGACUUUACUCCGGGUUAAAGAUCGAGUAGGGAUCGCCGUACCCCGACUUUGCAAGGAUUUCACUGUCCUCCUCAGCGAGGGGAUGUUGGACUGGUUAUCCAAUCAGUCCGGUCAGUAUAGGAGCAUGUCUUUGUGCGGUUUUCCGGGGAGCGGCGAGCGCAGCGAUCAACAAUAUAAGAUAAAUUGUGAAUGGCCAGUUGGUGCGCGACUUGGCAUUUGCGGGUGGCCGGAGUAGCGUCCCCUCUUCCACAGGCCAAUCAGGGGUGUAAUUUAUUCGAUCGUCACAAGAUUACAG